AUGCCUUCCUUCACCGUCUUCAAAGGGCAAAAAGGCGGCAAAGUCGUCAAGUCCCAAACCACCAAGCCGGACCUCCAGAAGGACCAAGUCCUUGUCAAAGUGACCGCGAGUGGAUUAUGCGGUACCGAUCUGCAUUACCGGGAGGCCGACAUGGGCCUCGGCCACGAGGGUGUUGGCGUUGUUGAAGAGACGGGACCAGCAGUAACACAUCUAAAGAAGGGCGACCGUGUCGGAUGGGGUUAUGAGCACGACAGCUGCCUACACUGCCAAGAAUGCCUUCGCGGUAAUGAGACAUACUGCGCUCAGCGGGCAAUGUACGGGUUUGCAGACUUGGACCAGGGCUCGUUUGCGUCCCACGCUGUCUGGCGCGAGGCGUUCCUGUUCCAAAUUCCGGACGCAUUGAGUGACGAGGUUGCGGCUCCUCUCAUGUGCGGUGGUGCAACUGUCUUCAACGCUCUGCACGCAUACAAUGCUCAGUCGACUGAGACUGUUGGGAUUAUGGGCGUCGGUGGUCUCGGACACUUGGCUAUCCAAUUCGCCGCCAAGAUGGGUUGCCACGUCGUUGUUCUCAGCGGCUCUGACAGGAAGAAAGAGGAGGCCCUGAAGCUUGGUGCUCAGGAGUUUAUCGCGACCAAGGAUGUGAAGGAGAUCAAGCCUUCAAGACCUUUGAACCGCCUGCUCGUGUGCACGUCUGUGCAGCCGGAAUGGGAGAAACUCAUUUCCGCUUUGGCUCCAGGUGCUUCCAUCCACCCACUGUCGGUCGACGAGGGCAAUUUCUCCAUUCCAUACAGUAAGUUCCAGCUCUCACCAGUCGUUGCUGUGCAAUUGCUAACGUAGCUCGCAGUGCCCCUUAUCGCCAACGGUCUGACCGUUCAAGGCUCCGUCGUCGCUUCCCGAUACAUCCAGAACCGCAUGCUCGACUUCGCUGCGCUCCACAAGAUUGAGCCAAUCGUCGAGAAGUUCCCAAUGAGCGAGGAGGGUAUCAACGAGGCCAUGGACAAGCUGAACGCAGGCAAUGUUCGCUACCGCGGUGUCAUGAUUGCUCAAUAA